UUCUUUGAGAUAGUUGGAAUAACUGGUUCAAACGCAAUCAGCCGGGCUGCGGCCGGGGUGCUUUACACCCUAGUAUAUUUUGCUGGGUCUCAACUUCAACCGACAUCUGCCAGAGCUUUGUUCCCCUGCUUUGAUGAACCUGGACUGAAAGCAACCUUUAGUAUCACUGUUGGACAUCCAAACAAGUACCACGCUUACACCAACAUGCCAUUGACUAAAAGUGCUGUGGACUCUGUUUCUCCGAAUAUCAUUUGGGACUACCACGAAACCUCCGUAGUCAUGUCCACCUACCUGGUAGCAAUAAUUGUCGGAGACUUCACCAGAGUGCCGACCAGUGACCCGAGACAAUUCAUCCUGGUGAGAGACGAAGUCACCAACUUGACCAGAGAUGCCGCUGUUUUCGUUCCCACCAUCCUCAACGAAAUGGAGACCAGAUUAUCGACUCCAUUCCCACUGCCGAAACUCGACCAUGCGGGAGUCUUCGGCUUUAAUGGCGGCAUGGAAAACUAUGGACUCAUAUUUUAUGCGGAAACUGAUGUGGCCGGAAUUGACGGUUCAGCGUCCCUGACUUUGAUGGCACAUGAAACUUCUCACAUGUGGACUGGAAAUUUGGUGACGUGUCAGUGGUGGGAUGUUGCCUGGCUGAACGAAGGAAUGACUCACUUCUUCACCUACUUAAUAUCCGAAAAAGUUGACCCAAGCUCUCCAUACCUCGACUUCUUGGGAACCCAGCUGAUGGAUAAUGGAAUGGAUUUCGACUUGGAACCCACAGCACCGCCAAUGGUUGUACCCAUCAGUCAGCCAGCUGAUAUUGUCACGGGGUUUGCGGAAGAAUUGAUAUAUAUUCGAGGUGGCAAUAUUGGCAGAGUGAUGUACCUUCUGCUCGGAGACGAAAUCUUUAUGGAAGGCAUGAAGAACUACUUUGCUGAUAACCAAUUUCAAUCAGUCAGAGAGGAACAUCUUUUCACUGCUCUCAAUAAUGCUGCUGAAGCUGCAGGACUUGGACUGAAAUAUUCAGUGUCUGAAUUGAUCACUCCUUUUUCAAAUCAGGCUGGAUUUCCCUUGGUGACUGUCACCAACACUGGGGCCAAGGUGGACGGAAAAUCCGUUUACUCAGUUUCCCAGAGACGAUUAUUGAAUGUGAAGAAUAACGAACACGAUGACGACACGUUGUGGCCGAUUGCGCUGACGUGGGCCACGUCGUCAAAUCCCAACUUCGACGACAAGAAUCCGAAAACAUAUUUGACCGAAGCUUCGACGACAGUGACGAUCGACGGUGACGACGAUUGGGUCCUGUUCAACAAUCGACGUUCUGGGUAUUACAGGGUGAACUACGACACUGUGACAUGGAACAAAAUCUUGGAUGCACUGAAAACUUCUAGAGGAACAUUCCCAAAUACGAAUGUUGCUGCCAUCAUAUCAGACGGAUUACGAUUGUGUCUUUUGGGCUUGGUGGAUCCUGAUGUAUGCGAAAGAAUCCCAAAGAAUUUGAUGGACGAGAGGAGUUUGAUCGUCUGGCUGACCGCUGCCAAAAAUUUGCACAAGGCGAUCGCGAGAGUUGCAGACAAGACGGCAGAAUUGAGUCGAAUAAAGGAAAUUGUAAAAAAUGCCGAAUUCAAUGCCUUGAAAACCAGAGAGGCAAUGACUCCUGAACGCGAAAGCGUCUUGGAACUCCUGAGGAAUUUCUCAAAGCACCUGGAAGAACCAAAUGCAACCAGAGCAUUUAUCUCGUCACAUGAAGAAUUUUGGAACAAACUCUUUGAAAAGCAGAAGCAGAACCUGAAAAAGCGACUCUCAUCUCGCAAAUACCCGCACCAGAAACUUCAGAAUUGAUGUUUUUAGCAGUGUUUAUAUGUCAUGGACACCAUAAAUGAAAUACCUCUUAUAGAAAUGACUCGGUGAAGGGGAUUUUACGCUCAUUAGUUGCUGCAAAAAUGACUUUUUGGACGAAUGACUGAUGGUGAAACUGACUCCAACAAAAUAAUAAUAAUUUACAGAAAUUACUGGCUAAUCCACUUGAUCAUGAAUUUACUGCCUUAUUAAUUUUUCGUCUUAUCAAUAAAUGGAAAUGCUCUGUUAUUCUGAGGAAUAUCAAAGGGGAAAA